GUUUCUGGGCGGUCAUCAAUCAUGUGCGAUCGAGCUGUCUGUGCACUGAGUCAGAUGUGUGAUUGGCUGCUGGCGGGCAGGGAAACUGAACACGUCCUCAUUAAUGUGAGCGAGACCCCGCGGGCUCCUCACGAGGACACAAGCGCAUCGUUUGACUCUGAAGUUAUGAGCGGCUAUAAAGUGUUCCGCUCUAUGAACAACAACUUUUUUCGUGAUUCGCGACAAUUCGCGUUUGUUAUCUGGACCUUUAAAUCUGAUCCUGUGACGUCAGCGUCACCGGUGUUUAAAACAACGUGCAACUGAGCCACCACAAACAGAAACCAGGAAGGGACGUUUACCUCCAGUUAAUGGACGAUUUUCGUGAUGAACGGAUGACCCGCAGCGGGACUGCAGCUUUCUCUUUGCUGGACACUCAUCAUGUCAUUUACACAGUUUGGCUAUUCAUAUCCUGCAGCACCACAGCUUUUAAUGACUUCUAACACUCUGAGCGCCUGCUAUGAGUCUAAUGGUUCUCUGCUGGACACUGGAGUGGCAACUUCUCCUCAAAACUCGCUUUAUUGCCCGGUAUAUGAAAGUAGGCUUGUGGCCUCUAGCCGGCAUGACCUGAUCCCUACUGCUGUCUAUGGCAACUCGUGUUCAAAGAGUCACAGUUAUGAUACCUACGGCACUUAUGGUCCAGAUUCAACCUCAUGCUAUCCUCUGGGUAAACUCAGUGAGAAAGAUGGUGUGGAAACAGGACAUUCAAGAGUUACCCAAAGCUCUGCAUAUUACCAUUACGACUACCCAAUUGGACAGUACCACUAUGACAGAUAUGGAUACGGAUCUGUAGAUGUGGGCACAAGAAGAAAAAAUGCUACCAGAGAGACCACCAGCACACUGAAAGCAUGGCUGCAAGAACAUAAAAAGAACCCGUAUCCCACCAAGGGUGAGAAGAUCAUGCUGGCCAUCAUCACUAAGAUGACCCUUACGCAGGUGUCCACCUGGUUUGCCAACGCACGCCGGAGACUCAAGAAGGAAAAUAAGAUGACGUGGUCACCGCGCAACAAGACCUCAGAUGAGAAAGAGGUUGACGACCAAGAAGAUAUGGACGAAUCCCAGGGAGAGCUCAUAAAAACCGAAAGAGAUUUUAAUGACAACCAAGGAAAGGAUGAGACAGAUCAACUUCACAGCGAUCUGGACGAUUUCGAUCUAGUGGAAUCAGAUGCCUCUGAGUGCGAAUCGAAACCAUCCUUUGUUAUGCGCGUUUGCUCCGAGACCAGCGAAUGUCCAGAUAACCACUUUAAAGAAACCGUUACUGAGCUCCCUAGAGGUGUCCAUGAAUUUAGUGAAGACCACCUAAGAUCAACUGCUGAAGACAACCAAACGGCAAAGUUCUACCUUCAACAAGGCCAAAAGACCAUUGAGACCAAGCCAAAAAUCUGGUCUCUUGCACAGACUGCUACGUCAUUAAACCAAGCCGAUUACUCAUCAUGCAUGCAUAAAGGAACGUCAUGCUCUUCUUCAAACUGUGACUCAGACUUAAAAAGGAAACAAGAGUCUCCAGUGGCCACUCUGAGAAACUGGGUUGACGGUGUGUUUCAUGAUCCUUUAUUCAGGCACACCAACUUCAACCAAACUUUCAGCAACUCUACAGAGUUAUGGACUGAAGCCAUUUCCUCACAGAAUACCUACCAUGAACACUCAGAACCUAUUACUUCCUCUCAGCAACUGUGACGGUGUUUUUUUUUUUUAUAUACUAUUUUUUUUGUCGCACCAUCACAAAAAUCUACACGCAAGGCUUGGAAUCUAAUUGUGCUAAUGUCUUAUUUAUUAGUUUUAUUCUGUGAGCUGUUGUCAUAUAAGACCUCCUGAAAGUCUGAUGAACUUUAUGUAUUAGGACUUACCAACACAGCAAUGUAGAUUUAGGAAGAUUGGCACCUUUUUACUUAAAAAAAAAAAAAAAAAAUCUGAUUCUGUCUUUGUAAAAGAAAGUGAUCACUGCUGUAUAAUAGCACAGUACACAAUUUUCCCUCAAUCUGAAAUCUCAGUUGUUCAUCUGGCAUUUCUCAGAAAUAAAAAGUCAUUUUG